CCCGGCACACAGAGUGACCUCGAAAUAUGAUUCGUCAAAAUUGAUUGGGUGACUGUGAUUGGUCUUCGCUUGACCCUGUCAUUGAGUGAAUCAGAAAGAUGGCGCUCCGAGCUCUGGUCGGUGUCAAGCGGGUCAUAGAUUAUGCAGUGAAGGUGCGAGUGAAGCCUGACAAGACAGGGAUAGUAACUGAUGGCGUGAAACACUCUAUGAACCCUUUCUGUGAGAUUGCUGUAGAAGAAGCCGUCAGACUCAAGGAGAAGAAGAUUGUUAGCGAGAUCAUUGCAGUUAGCUGUGGCCCCCAGCAAUGUCAGGAGACCAUUCGGACUGCAUUGGCUAUGGGAGCAGACCGUGGAAUCCACGUGGAGGUGUCGGCAAAGGACUAUGAAAGUGUUGGUCCCUUCCAGGUUUCCAAAAUUCUGGCAGCACUAGCAAAGAAAGAGAAUGUGAAUCUUGUACUGCUGGGAAAGCAGGCAAUUGAUGAUGACUGUAAUCAAACAGGACAGAUGACCGCUGCUCUGCUGGACUGGCCUCAGGGAACAUUUGCAUCAGAGGUAAAAGUGGAGGGGGAGAAACUAACAGUGGUACGGGAGAUAGAUGGUGGGCUUGAGACCAUCAGCUUGAAGCUACCGGCUGUAGUGACUGCUGACCUGCGACUAAACGAGCCACGUUAUGCAACUCUGCCUAACAUUAUGAAAGCCAAAAAAAAGAAAAUGGAAACUGUAAAACCUUCAGAUCUUGGAGUGGACCUAACAAAUCGUAUCCACAUUGUGAGUGUUGAGGAUCCCCCACAGAGGCAGUCUGGUGUGAAAGUGGAGACUGUAGAAGACCUGAUUGCCAAGCUGAAAGAGAGCGGUCACAUCUAAUCAUAUGAAAUUAUGUGGGAGGUACGUCACUCUGCUGCAAAUUUCUGAGGUCCAGAGUUACACACCUGGCUGUGCUGUUCCAAUCACCUGCCAGUGCCUUUUUCUCAUGCACUGCCGGACACUGAUCACGAUUGUACAAACCUCUUUGUCUUUACUCUGAGGUGGGACAAAUGCAGGAGAGAAAUAAAAAAAUAAAAUAAGUGUUUCAUUGUAAUUAAGCUGUAUCUAUAAAUAAACGUUUCUCCUUUGUACUCCUGGA